AUGACUAUACCAGUUCAACUACACGUGAUGACUAUAAACGCGCUGGCAAAACGGAGCUCUCAGAUGGGAGAAGACAUGGCGGCCAAGAUCGAGGAGAGCUCCGAGCACAGUACAGAUGGAGUAGCUGGUACGCCGAAGGAAGCUGCUCUGCGCGAGCUGAUGGAAAGAACGAAAUACCCGAUCAGGCAGUUCAAUGGCCAACGCAGAUAUGGGCCACCUCCGAACUGGAAUGCACCUCCCCCUCCACGUGGCUGCGAAGUUUUUGUGGGAAAAGUUCCUCGAGAUUUAUACGAAGAUGAAUUGGUCCCUGUAUUUGAGGCUUUAGGCGAAAUCUACGAAGUUCGACUUAUGAUGGAUUUCAACGGACAGAAUCGUGGUUACGCGUUCGUUGUUUACACGAAUAAGGAAGACGCCAAGAAGAGUGUCAAGAGUUUGAACAAUUACGAAAUACGUAAGGGAAAAUGUAUCGGGGUUUGUAGCUCAGUGGACAAUUGUCGAUUAUUCGUUGGAGGUAUCCCAAAGAAGGUUAAGAAGGACGAAAUCAUGACAGAAAUGGUGAAAGUUACAGACAACGUUGUAGAUGUAAUUGUUUACCCAUCAGCUCAGGACAAGACGAAGAAUCGAGGCUUUGCGUUCGUUGAAUACAGUUCGCAUCGCGAUGCUGCAAUGGCCCGAAGAAAACUUAUGACUGGUAAAAUUCAGCUCUGGGGACAUCAGAUCGCUGUCGACUGGGCUGAACCGGAGCAAGAAGUGGACGAAGAAAUCAUGGAUCAGGUUAGAUUUUUAUUUACGGUGCGUCGUUACCCAAAGUAGCCCCUCCCCCAUCUUCGCAGUGCUAAACGUGCCUUACGAUAUCUCCUAUAGCUCGUUGCUUUUCGAAGUUCUUACUACCAGUCGUGAUUUUAUUUAGAAUUUACUAGUGUGGGAGUUUAUCGUAAUAACAGUCGGUGCUCCUUUAUGCUAAGUCCAGCCUUGUAUAGAGAAGUUUAUUUGUUGAUGUCGUGUUAUUUCACUUCCUUUGUUCAACGAAGCUUGUCUUUGUCGUUGUUAAGCAUUAGCUUUUUAUUGGAGUAAUUAGUUACUCUUUGCAGUCUUUUGUCGUUUCACGACGAUUAUGUCGGAGGCGCGAUGCAAUGCAAAAGCUUUAAGCAACCGCUAUACUUCAAUAGAACCGCAAGAGAUCGAUUUAAUUUUUUUAUUUGGCUUUGUUUUCAAGGUGAAAGUUCUUUACGCCCGAAAUCUUCUAUUAAGCACGACCGAGGAUACAAUAGAACAAGUCUUCAGCAAAUUUGGCGAAGUUGAGCGAGUUAAGAAGAUCAAAGAUUACAGUUUUAUUCACUUUCGCACCAAGGAACAAGCCAGAACAGCUUUGGAGGCCAUGAACGGUAAUAAAAUUUUUAUGUUUAUGUUUUGUGGAUCGACAAAUUUUAACAGGUACAGGGAAGGCUUUUUUUGAACUAGUGAAUGCAGUCCCCGCGGUAUGUCAACGGAAACCCGCUUCUUUCUGUAACCAGAAUCAAUUGUGUUUUUUGUUUUCUUUUGUUAAAAUUAAUGUAAAAUUUCACACUUGAGUUACUAACUUCUGUGUCUUCGCAGUGUUACCAAAAAAUUCCCGGGGGAUCGUUUUGACCGCGCGAAAGCGGCUUUCGAAUGUUUUGUCUUAAAAUUGCCGAUCGUUGACCAUUUCCUUUUGAGUUCGCGGAAAGAAAAACACGAAUUAACGCAGGUUGAAAGAGACUUAAAACAGCUCACGCUUGUCUGUUAGCGGCUUGAAGUUUGUUCCAGUGAAGAGGGUAUUUUCUUUUCUGCAAGUUUCCCUAGUGAUGUGAAAUCGAACACUUCACUCGAGAACGUGCCUUGUGUUUAUGUUUAAGCGUUAUUCAAUACUUGUUUUUUUUUUCCAACUGGAGGUCCAAAAUUUUGAUCUUUGCUUAGUGUCGGCGAGUAGCGUAAACCACUUUGAAGACUCUAAACAUAAACAGUGGUUUAGAUUCAGAGGUUUUGAACGAAUGUUCCAUAAGGCGCUUUACUCAGCUUGGAUUUAACCACUAAACGUACAGUAACUCGUGAUUAAGACUCGUACUAUGUCUGUCACACGUUCAGUCAGUGCACUGUAUUAGACUCAUUUUGGUGAAUGACCUACAGAAAGUAAUCCGAACUCUCCCGCUGGUUACCUUUAUUAUUAUUGAUUGCAAGAUUUUUUCAUAUACGUGAUUUCCUGAGCGGAAUUUUCUGCGUUAAUAGUUGGGACCUACUGGAACUUUCAAAGGCAGGAAGCCCUCUCUGUUACAAAACGUAACUUUAUCUUGCCCGUACUGUUGCUAAUUAUAACCGUUUUCCUGUAAGCCCGUUUUAAUUGUCAGUCAUUUAGACUGUUUCUACAUUUAGAGAUGACCUUGAGAAAAUCGUGGGUUGUAGGUUUAAGUUUUUUUUCGAAAGAUACAUUGUUUUAAAGUCGUGAUGUUCUUGCUGUGCGGUUAUCUCUCGUUCAAAAUUCUUCACUUUUUUUUUCUAUUUUAGACCGUAUUUUCAGAUUUUAGUCGUGACUAAGCCUUGUCUUGUGCUUUGUUCAAGGCUGCUCAAAAUAACUUCUGACCACAAAUGUCUCCUUUAUGAAAUAUGUUGGAAUAAAACCAGAAGACGCCUUCAAGCAGGUUUAAAAAGAUAGCUACAACAUUGUUCUGAUCCUUCCUCCAAAAGCUGAAGCCCUCCCCUCUUAAAUCUAACUUUCUGCUUGCAAAUUUUUUGAGAUGUUGAGGUCAUAGCAGGAAAAGGUAAAAUGCUGUUGUCAGAUUUUUUACAAAAUGUUAAUUUUAUUGUUACAUAUUUAAGAAAGAUUGCUCUUCACGUCCAAAUUUUAAUGCAGUUGGAUGUUUUGGAAAUAAAGUCAAAAAAGUAUGCAAGUAUUAAUAAUAAUAUUGUCUGUCAGCCCUUUUUUCAGCAGGUUUUAAGUUUUGUAGCUUGGUUUCCACAAUCACAGCACCCAAUUUUUAUGUUUGGACAAAACAAUCAAGUUCAUUCUACAUAAAUAUCAUAGUUGUUUUCUUGAACUACUGAUGAUUAAGGAAAUUUUAAAAACAAAAACAUCUGCGUAUAUACAGUGAUAAUUGUUUGCAGUUGAAAUUUGUAACUUUACCUUCUUUUUGAAAUGCCUAAGGCAAAUUUUAUCCACAUAAAUUUUACCAACCACUAAAACAUUGUUUUCUGAAUUUUUUUAACAAGCAAAAGGACAACCUUUUUGGGGGGUAGUAAUGUGCUGAGUUGUCCAUACAGAUGCUUGUUCUACCCGGUUGACUUAGACAUCACAACACACUUAGGUACAGUGAUUGCAGUUACCUAAUGAACAGUUAAAAAAGAUCUCGUACAGUUUUAUCAUUGUGCCGCAGUGGAAAACAUUUUUGCCCAAAAGAAAAAAAACAUCUUGGAAAAGGGCAAAAAAGACCCCAAAAUUGGACUCACUGAAGCGUCUUCACAAUCGUACUGUGUGCAUGCUAAUCGCAGUCAACAAACUUGACUCAUUGAUUAAAAAUAUUAUUCCAUAGAAUUUCUUUUGUUGAAAGAGCAUUCUAGUUUUGGUUGUCGUAAUUUAAAGGAAUUUAGAUGAUGACUGGACAAUUCACUUGUCAUGAUGUUUUGAGAUGUGAUUUUGCAAGAUACAAAUUACAUGUCACUAUCUUGAAAUAUCAGAUAAUAUAGAUCACAGAAAACUACAGAGGAUAAAGGACAGUUUAGAAUGGAGCCAAUUAAUGCCAGUUCAUGAGAAAUAAAGGGUGAAUUUUUCAAGGAACAGAAACUGUGAGUUAGCUUGACCUUUAACUAAAUGAUAACUCGGCAUUUAAAGAUGAAAGGGUAAAUUGUAUAAUUAUCCAAAAACCGUAGGAGUUUAAAUUAUGAGGUCAGUUUUACAAAAAGGUAGUCAUAAAUCAAGUGCCACAUUCCAACAUGGCUUUUGGGUUGGUUUGUUUCUUCGUGUAUGUUCAGGAAAAGUUUUACAAGCUUUUCUGGACACAGGCCUGCCCAGAGGGAAUAGGCACGAAUGGAACUCUUAGGUCCCAUGCAAGGUGCCAUCCCUACCCAAUCCCACAACCUGUAAAGGUUGGCCACACCACCGGGGUCUACGUUCCCUAGUCUUUUCGAACAGUAGUCUGGGUUCUUUUACGUCCCACAAGAACAGAUCAAUGAAAGUGCUAUGAGACGGGACCUAUGGUUUUUCGUCCUUAUCUGAGAAGACUAGAAAGUCUAAUCAUUUGCAGAUGUCAUUACAAAGGCAGCACUUUCUUCUCAGUUAUUUAAAGACCCUGAGUGUUGGUCUGGCCGGGGUUUGAACCCGCGACCUCCCGCUCAGCAGACCGGCGCUUUCGCAACUGAGCUAACCAGGCAACGGUUAAAACCUUUUAGUAGCCCUUGCUUUGGUGUUUUGCUGUCAAAAUGGUCAAGGCAUUUUAAGAUUUUAGAUUUUCCUACACAUUGCAUGGCAUGCAUGUACAAUAACACACAGAUGGGGACAUUACACCUAGAAAACUCACAAUAUUAUAUCAGGUUGGAAUAAAUACAAACUCGUGUUAAUCAUCAUAUUUCAAUGUAUCGUAGAUGUUUGAUAAAAUCUCUAGCAGUAAUGACUAUAAACUUUCAUGUUCUUUGUGCAGUUCUUGUAGAGAAUGCAUAAAAUUAAUAUUCACCUAUUCUUUCAUUCUAUCAAAGUUUUGGCCAAUACACGUCAAGGUAAUUAAAGCAUGACAAACAGGAUUUUUUGUUAAAAAACUGACGUGCUUAUCCUGUGCAGAAAGAUUUAUGCCCAGUUCAAACAUCCAUCUUUUCAUGAAUCAAACCUAAUCCCUUCAAUUAAGUACAUGAAAAUAUCAACAUUUCAAUCGAUUAAGUUGACAUGUAUGGUCAACCCAAGAAUUAAGUUCGAGUGGCCCACAUGGGAAUUUUGACUUCAGAGCGACUUGGUUUCAAACGUCAAACCUUUCAUGUGCUGAACCUAAUAAACAAAUUACUGUAAUUCAUUUUUACUGGACAGGUAAACAUUUUAGACCAUUGUACAUCGUGAAAUGAAUUGAGUGCGACUAAUUAAGCUCGAGGUUUGGUACAUGAAAAGUUUGACAUUUGAACUGGGCUUGCUGGCCUUUCAGUGCUAUUUUUCUCUCAUCAAAUUUUGGAGCUUAGUCUGCAGUGAGGCAAUGAAGAUUUUGGUAUUACAUCUGAAAGUUUUCCUGUUUAAACUGACAGAGACUUAAUGUUUUUUUUCCAGGCAAGGAGCUUGAUGGAAAUGAAAUAGAAGUGACACUUGCUAAGCCGGUGGACAAGGAUCACCGCCAAGCCAAAGCAGCAGCAAAAGCCGUGAUGAGUGCUACAACAUACCCCAGCUUCACUCCAUAUGAUUACCCUACAAACUCAGCUGCAUAUGGCUUCCCAGCGUAUGGUAGCCAGUACUUUAUGUAUGGAAGUCCAGUGACAUCGACAAUGGGGUGAGAAUUAGCAGGAUGUCAUGUAACAAAUUGACAACAAUUUACCAUGGUCUAUACCCUUAUUGACCUCGGAAAUGAAAUGAAAAGAUCCAACUGCAAAGUUCUGAAUAUUUUGAUGUCAUUUGUAUGGUCGGCAAGAGUAAUGGGUCAUGGUAGAUGGUUGAUUGUUUUCUAAAAUAACGUUGACAGUUUGUAAGUUCCAUGUUUGUUGAAUCGCAUGCGAAGGAAAGAGAAAAACAAUUUGUGCCACCAUCAUGUCAUUUCUAAUUUGUCUGUACUCUCAGAUCAAAGAUGAGUUUUGCACUUCAAUUUUUUAGAAUUCAAAAACCCAUCCAGUGUUUUGACCCUUGAGAAAUGUUGUCAGUGUGUUAGUGGCCAAAAACAAUAUGAACGUUUUUUUUUUUCACCAGUGGUGUGAGGCCUCCUUUUGGAAUGGUGAGGACAAGAGGGCGAGGUCGAUCUGCAGCUGGUAGCAGAGCAGCGGGAAAUAAGGGAAUGUAUCUGCCUGCCACUGGUAGCUACCCUUUUAAUGGUUUCAGAGGUUAUUACCCUACAGUGCGACCAGGAUGGUAUGGAGAUGGAUACAGCAAGAGGGGAGGAAGACAAGAAGUAUGUCCACUUGACUUUUCGCCAUAUUAAAAAGUUAAUCCAUCAACUUAUCUGUUGACUAUUUCCCCUUGUAUGGCUUAAUUGAUACUGUAUUCCCCUGUUACUGGGACUGGUGAAAUCCGAUGUUAUUAUAUAGCAAGGUAGUUGUAUUAAUGUUGUUUUGUUUGUGGUAAUAAUCGCAUAUUAAGAAUAGUUGAGAUUCCAGCUCAUGUGGGAUACGAAAUGGUUUUAGUAAUUUCUUGGUGAUGCAAAUGGGCACAAUCACCACAUUUAGUAAUACAAAAGAUUUAAAAGGCACUGAAAAAUAACCAUCUCACAACACAAUAUCUAACCAACAUGGUUUCCUCACACACACACACCCACCGAAAAAAAAAUGGCAAGUAGCUUGCAUGAAAACAAAGUAAAUUGUGGGCAAUGAGUUUUCAUCACCAUGUAUACACAGAACACCCUACAGGAAACAAAAUUUGGCAGAGUUUUGUUGAUUACAACAAGAAAAUCACGAGUUUGUCAACACUUGGAAUGAAAGUACUGUAUGUGAUCCUAAUGUUUGAGUAGUCGUAAGUUGGGAACUACUUCAUGUUAAGUAAACAGGUCAUGAGAAUUGAAAAAACAUUCACUGACUCUGGACUGUGUUGUAACUUCAGGUAAAAAACACCUCCUUACUUAAAAAUUUUGUAGCUUUUGAAAUUGUCAUGGGAAUUAGGGUUUUGAGAAAUUAAUGAUAUACUGUGACAAUUUAACCUAAAACAUGAAUUUUCAGUAACUUUCACAUGUAUCUCAAAGAAAAAAUUUUAUUUUCUCUUGAUGUUAUACAAGAAAGGAAAACUAACUUAAAUUUAAAUACAGUGUAGAUACUAGUGUUCUGAGGGGCCUAAACAAGGUGAUUUAAGAUAAGUUUUAGUUGGUUUCAUUUAAAAUGGCAAUGAGCUCUAGUCUGCACCACUAAAUUUUAACAUCAAGAAGAGGUCUUUGUUUUGUAUAAAACUUUCACACUGACUACAGUGGUGGACAAAACCCUCCAUCUGUGGACUACCCAUAUGGACUAUCCUAGAAUGAACUACACCACUGUAGUUUAGUGAUUAGGGUUAGGAAACUCAGUGAAUCAUGUUUUCAUUAUACUUUGAAAACUGACCUUAAACUUGAUUCACCCAGUUUUCUAACCCUUAUCACUAAACUGUAAUGGCGUACUCCACGUUAGGCUAGUCCAUAUGGGUAGUCCAUGGACAGGGGUCAGUGUUUUGUCCACCACUACUGACUUCAUGUGCCAAAUUCACCUGUAAGUGACAUAACUGCACUUGUUGCUGUAGGAACGUAUGUUUGAUCUGGUGCCGGGAAUGGAGUUGACUCCCACAAAUCCCAUGACUUUGAAGCCACAUGCUCUCAAAUCACCAGCUCAGGUGGGAGUCUAUCAUCGCUUUCUCUUGUUUGGUCAGUUAACCCUAUAGCCGGAGACAGGGCUGUCAACCCCCCAUGUCUUCAAAUAUUGAGAAUUAAUGGGGAAGGGAUGACAGAUGAUGUCAUAAUGCACAGCACAUGACGUCAUUUGUGAAAAAAAAAUGUGCGAAAAAGAUGUUGGAAUUGUAACCGGAGUUUGUGAGGAAACGUUCGAUAUUAACGGUAAAAAUAGCUCAAAUAAGGCAAAAUAUUUGAAAUUUCAAUGUCAGAAUCCGAAACUACAAGAAAUGGCAAACUUCCGUGAUUAUCUGAAAGAUUUCAGACUCUAAAUCUGGAAACCAGGAGAAACGGCUUAAAAUCUGGAGUCUCCCAGAUUAUGCGGAAGAAUUGACAGUCCUGCGGAGAAAACAGCUGGCAUUUCAUGAUGCUACCACUGUGGUUUCCCUGAGCAGUGACUGCAGAAAUUCCUUACUGAUGACAUGUUACUACCCAGAUCUUGGUAGUGACGCGUCAUCAGUAUGGAAUUUCUGUGCUCGUUUCUCAGAUGUCAUUUUGCAGGGAAACCACAGUGGUAGCAUUACAAAAUGUCAACUGUUUUCUCAGGUUAUUAACCCUCAAGAGCAUUCAAAAUUUGUUUAAAAAAAUCCUUGGUCGUUUUUGUGAGUUACACAGUGCUUCCAAAGAGGUUUCAUUUUAAUACUCAGGACUUCAUCCACAGGAUUCAUUAAAAAAAGAGAAACUUUUAAUAUGUAGGUUACUUUUUCCCUGAAUUGAAGUUAUUUAACCCUUUAAGCCCCAAUAUCCACAUACAAAUUCUCCUGACUGAUCUCUAUACAUUUCCUUAAAGAAUUAGUUGAAAGAAUUUGAUAACAGAUCAAGGCAUUGUCUCUUGGAAGAUCAUUUUAUUAAUUCUCAUAGUUAACUUAUCUCUUAAGUAUAGAUAUUGUUAGGAGAUAAUUGAUGUUGGUCACUAUUGAGACUUAAAGGGUUAAGAUACAAAACACAUUUGUCGAAAUUAUCCUCCUAAAAUGAGGCUUAUCAUACAUUCCUUUUGCCCAAGGUGUUGAAUAGUAGCUGAAGUGGCAUACGUAGGCUCUGUGAAAGUCUGGUCAGAUCUGUUACUUUUGAAGCUGGUAUAACUCAUUCAGAAGCACUUUUUUGCCUUAAAUAUUAAUUCCACUGAAAGGAUUAACUUAAACAUAGAGUAACAGCGAGAUGUAAUGCCCUUAGUAACAUGCACUGUAGAAACAAUAUAACAAUCUAUAAUGAUGUUUUAACUCAGGUGUAAUGUAUUUAUUCAAUUGAGUGCCCUGGGUGCUCAUGUACUAAUCUUGAGAGUGGGCGCUUAUUCCACACUAGGCACAUAUUAACUUUUCGUUCCUACAAGGUUGGCGCUUUAUUUGAAGUUGUGCGCUUAAUCGAACAUUACAUUAAUUAAUUUAAUAAUAACUGACAUUUUAUACAGUUUAAAAAUAACAUCUAAUCUUUUCCUAUCAGGAUCAUUUGCUUCUUGUAAAAUAACUUUCCAAAGAAUUUCUAAAAUCCUCAGUGUCAACAUUUAAAAUUAAAAUCUUUUGCUUUCUCUCUGUGUGCUAUCACAUUCAUAAUUUUAGUUUUUCCGACUUGACAAAAUUGUAAAGGGUGACCUGCAUUUGAGAGGAAUCUGUUGAUCAGUGCCUGAGCAACUCUUUUUUUUUUUACACUGAAAUGAAUUUUUAGUAAUAGUAAUUCCAACUUUUGAGAAUCAACAAAAUAUUUUGCUAUAACCAUUCAAAUGAAACAUCUUAGUCUGGACAUUUUGAAUAAUGGUACUAAGAUUUCACAAGAUGAAAUUUAAAAAUUCUUCUCAAUUUUGACAUGGGCCUUUUGCUAAUGUGGGUUUUCUCUAUUUUCUGUCACAGGUUUUAGAGGAUGUGUGCCAGAAAAAUCAAUGGGGGAGUCCUGUUUACACGCUCCACAGCACUGUAGGACCUCAGGACAUGCAACUCUUUCUGCACAAGGUUGGGCUGAUUUUUCUGUUACAUUAUUAUGAACCAAAUAUAAAAUGCUGUGAAAAUUGGAUUUGCUUGUAUUAGAUUUCCUCUGACAAGCACCACCAAAACAAUGCUACCAGCCAUACCCCUUAUGUUUUUUUAAAAAUCGCUUCAUCUUCUUUUUAAAUUUGAUUAUUUCAAUAAGCCUAAAGGAGAACAAUCUCGUCUGCUGAGUCAGCAUCUCUAUCUCCAUGGUCUUGCUGAGUUCUUUUAAUAUUUAUGUGCAUUUAUAGUAAAAGCAAGAUAAGACAAGUUAUUAAGAUCCUUUCCACAUAAGCAGACAAAUCUUGAAUUGUCCUGAAUAUAAAGCUUAACUAACUCACAGGUAUUGAACUACUACCUUUUACCUCCAACAAAAGCACUGUUGCUGUUGUAUUUUGUUAGGUACUUCAUUGUGUGCCACACUGAAUACUAGUCCAUGUUAAUCUUUACUUAAAGGUAUCCAUUCCUGGAUUGGCCACCCAGUAUCAGCCUCCUAAGUUGUGCCGCACAGUUGAAGAAGCCAAGAGUUAUGCCUCAGAAUAUACACUUCAGCAACUUGGUAUUCCAAUAGAGGGUAUGUCUAGGUAAUAAAUAAAUUAUUUCCAAGAAUUUAAACUUAAUUCUUAAAUAUAUCACCAUGCAUAUUCUCCCAGGCAUUCUCCCUUCAUUUCCUACAGCACUUAUCAGGAGAAAUUAUACAUCAAUCAAGAGCUUGUUCAUAUUUCUUGGUGAUUUUUUCCUUAGUCACAACUAUAAAAAAAUUCUCUCAUCUAAUUGGCUUUUGGCAGCCCUAAUUUCAGCACAUGUCAGGCUUAGUAAUAUUGGAAAGGAUAUGCAAUCACAUGUGCUGUAAUGGGAGCAGUUCUUGAAUUAUUUUUACUUGAAUUAGUUCUUCGAAGGUUUUACCCAUCAUGUAAUAUUGCACAAAAUGUCUUGUAUUCUGAAAACCUUAAAGGCAACUUUAAAAAAAGUUGAGCUUGGAUCACUGUUUAUAAAAAUAAAGUUUCUAUCUCGCUGGUUUGUUUUCUUGCAUGGUGCUUGAGUUCUAUAGUUGCUACUUUUAAAUUUAAACUUGUGGUCAGCAGCUUUGGUAGUGGUACCUGCUAGGUACAUGAACUUCAUUAAUUCGCUCUGGUUUUCUCAAAUGACUCCAACAUUUGCAGGAAAAACAUUAAACUGACUAAAAGGGCAAGAGAAAUUUGUAGCCUUCGAUCGUAACAGAGUACUGAAAAGGGUAACUCUCAAGGUGUUAUUUAUAUUUUAUUAAUAUUUCAGUGGUGACCACAACGGCAGCAGAUAUUCCCCCAACUACUGGAACCCCAGUACCUUCUACAGCAACCUAUGUAGCCCGCCCUUUACCCCCAGGUAUGUUGAACAAAUCAGCAACAAUUUUAUGUAGCCUGUACUCUUUAUAACCGUAGAAGUGAACUCAAGGGUGCAUGGUUUCACUGCAAAGUUAUGAGCAUUUUGACCUCAUUCCUGUGGUUGAUAAGAAUAUAAACCCAGGAAAAUUGAUAUCAAUUUCUUUUUUACGAUAACAUUGGCAGCUGCUUAAGUCCAUUUCUGUUUAAGUUUCUCGGAAAAAAAUUGCAUGUGAGAGUAAGAGAAAAACGAAUUGCUCCAUCACAUCAUUGUCAUGCCAUAUACUCUCAUCUACCAUAGCUCUUGAGCAAUCAGUGCUAGGAAUAUCACUCUGUGUACAAUAUUUUAUUUAGACAAAGGAAUUGAUUAUGAAGGUCUAACAAUAAUUUCAAACAAAUAAGAGAAUGGUUGCCACAUGCCAGAAAAAUAGUCAGGGUAAAAAUAAAAUUCUUCAUGAUCACCAAAAAAAUCAGGAAAUUUUAUUUGUAAGUCAGAGAAAAUUGACAUUUUGAAGAAAAGUCAGGGAAAAUUGAAAGAAGAACCCCCCUGAUUUAAAGGGGCUAUGUAAUGGCUGUGUGGAUCAUAUUAUUAACAUUGCCAGUUACAAGUCUAUGGAACUUAACAUUAGCUGAGAAAUUUCUAACAAAUGACAAAAUCCCUGCUUCACAUCUAACAAAUAAUGUCUCAAGGAUUUUUUCAAACGUCAUAGACAACAAAAACAUUAUUGAACAAUUUUUCAGUCCCAAAACUUCCUUUGUUUGCCUCUAUAACCAUAAAUGACCUAAAGAAAGACCCUUACUUGUAUUAACAUAAUUGUAAAGGAAAAACAAGGACCUCUUUCCAGCUUAUCUCUAGUAAGCUUACAGCACUUUGAACAGUGACCAAUGUAUGUCUCUUUUGUUUAUCAGUCUUCAGUACUGUUUGUGGGGACUAGUAAUAAUUUCAUAUUUACAUUUUUUUUCUUUUCCCUGCAGGGGCCUACAGCCUGCCGAAUUCUGGCCGACCAAUCAGUAGUGCAGAGGCCGGCUCCUAUGCCUCAGGUUAUGUACCAAUUAGUAAUGCCCCCAGUAGUGUUGCUUCUGCUGCCGUGGUGGCUAAACUGCAGGGCUCUUGGCCUGGAGGAGUACCGCCCAAUCAGGAUGCUGCAAUGUAUGGAAAUUAUGAUGGAUAUCCAACUGGUGAACAGGGCGGUUAUCCACAGAAUAUUUAUCAGCAGUAUUAGUGGCUGAAAUUUUUAGACUUAAUACAAUCAGUGAUGUGGUGUGGAGAGCAAGGCAGAAGUCACUUGACCUUAUUUAAAUUUUUCAAGGAAUGUUCCAGUGUAACACAGGUUGAAUGCAAGUCAUAACGAUAACUUGCCUGACUAAACCUGCUCAACAUUUCCUGCACAAACAAGUUUCAGCUGUGAUUUUUUUUUACAAGAAAGGUCAUUUCUUAGGAGACUGAGCACAGUGUGACAGCUGUUGAUAUUUUUAAAGGCUGUUAAAAAAUGGGAUCUUGGCCUCACAAUCCAAACACAUACUGAAUGUUUACAAUUUAAUGGGAUAAGGGUGGCAGCAGAUGUUUAUUCUGUGAACAGUGUAUGUGUUCUAGUGUCUUUGUGUCAUAGAUAAGGGUCAUUAUUAGAGAGGGUUAUGUCAGAAUUAUUUCAUCUUUUUUUUUGCUGGUUUAAGUGAUCAUUAGUUCGAGUAGUGGAAGAAUUCAAUAGCUAUAUGCGGCAAAUUAAAUUUUAGGCCAUUUGUAUGGACCAAAGAAGGCACACAAUAAAGGCCUAUUUUACUGUCAUUGACAAAGUUACAACCAGCUUAAUAGCUUUUUUUUUAAAUGAAUUUUUUCAGUGCUUUAUGUCAUGGUUUUACAGGAAGAAAGAAUUUCCAAGUCACAAACAAAGCGUAUUUCAAUAUUAUAAAUUUAUUCGUACUUGCGUCCUAUUCGCUAUUUUAUUGUCUUAUAACUGUAUCCAUUUUAAGUCAUCCAAAGCAAAGAGAAAAAAGAAAAGAAGAGUUUUAGUUUAUAUUUUUGUUAGAGAAAACUCAGAUAUUUAUAGACAAACAGGGCUCAUUGUUGGUCGUUUGGAACUGAACGCUUGAGAACUGGUGUAAAUACUGAAAAUGCUGCUCUUGAGGUAUUUUAAAUGCACAUGCGCUGUGUACCACAGGAUUUCGUGUAAGCUUUGUCCCUUGGUCAACUAGUGUAUGUAAUAUGAGAACAUAAGGUUUUGUUGCGGGAAAAACCGGGUGAGAUUUUGGGUUUGAUUUUUUGGGGAAGAAUGUUGGACAAUGCUCUUACAUGAAUCUGUGCAAUUAUUUCACUACACAUCGUUCACCCAAGCACUUUGUAUAUUUUCAUCACGAGGUUCCUUGAACGUUAUGUACAGUUAAAAUCUCUUUAAAAAUGAAAUAAGUCUUUUAUAAAAUUUCUUGAGCUUGCUCUUUUCUAUUCAAGAGGCUGAAAGGAAGUAGCCAGGAUAUUGUUACGAAUUGAACGAUUUCUGUUGGGACAGACUUGCUCCUCCUAAACAUCAACGGUUAAAUUUGUGUAAAUGCUCAUCUCUGGGAAAUGUGUGUAGAGGAAUCCUUCUAUUAACAAUCGGUGGUGAAGUUGUGGAGUAAAGAAAGUGUUUGCUCAAAGAAAAGGAACUAAAUAACGCGUGGAAACAGUUCAAGGUGAAUACCUGAACAUUUUUCUGCAUCCUGCAAAGAAGAAAGCUUUACAACACUCACCCUUAAGACUGAAGGAAAAUCCUUCUGUAUGUUCAUUGAAAGGUUGCCUUUGAGUUAACAGCACUGACCAUAAAUACUGACGGCUCGUUUGUCCGUCUUUAAAACGAUGGCAUUCGCUCGUCGGCUCUUCCUUCCAGCCCUUCUUAUUCAACAAAAAAGUAGAAUUUUUCUUCAAUGGCAAGUUACUUUGUUUAUAGGAUGUUUAUUCUAAUAAUGCUGUUAAACAAAAAAUUCACCGGAAGUAAAAACAAAUAGGAAUUUUUUUCAAGUCUGUAUGUUACAAUUUGAGUUCCAUUAAAGAUACCAACACAAAAGUCUAUUUACAAUUUAACAAGAAACUGCCAACGGUGCCGAGCUAUAGAGCCUGAUUUAAGUGAAUGAAACAAUUAGUCUCUUACGUUACCAGUCAUGGUCUUGUCACGCAAUGCCUUCCGCCUCAAAGGAGACAGGGGAUUGCGUGACCUAGGUGCGUAGAAAACUAAUGUAGAAUUGCAUAAAUAUGUUUAUUAGUGAUGUAGUGAUAAUUAUUUAGUGAGUUACUGUUAGAGAAAUGAAGGGAUAGUGAAAGUUUCGAAACUCACGAUUUUCUCCACCAGCCAUUUUGGCCUUCUUGUGCAGCAGAGUUUGGAAUCUAUGUUUCAUUUAGUCCAAAGAGAAUAGUGACAUAUAAACAAAAAAUUCGUGAGUUUCAGGUUUGUUUGCCCAGCUAGGAUUUGAACGGAGGGAAGAUAACCAGCGCUUGCGACAUUUCAUCAGGCCAGUUGUCUUUUUUUAAGGGCUGGUUAGGUAAAUAUUACAAAUAUAGCAUAAUCAUGAAUCAAAUAACGGUACAAUUGAAAAAUAAGCCACCAAUAA